CGAUAAUUUUUAUCGCAUUCUUAGAAGGCUUUCCUGGGAGGCAUUUAGAAAUAAGCAGGCCUUUUGAUAUAUUUUAUUAUUAUAAAUGACAUUUGGAAGUUAACCAAGUACAUUCGUUUAGUCUUUUUAUAAAAAGACUCUUGAUAGCGUAGGUACGGGUGUCUCAGGACUUUCUAGCUCACUCUUCAAAAUUUGAUUAUUUCGGAGAAUUGCAGACAACCGAGUUGCAGCUUGCGACUCGAACAAGGGGAUCGGCUUUCGUAAACAAUAAUUGUGUAAAGCUCAAGUUCUGCCAUAGUUCUGCGCUGUCCAUUUGGCGAUAGAACUUGCCGUUUCAGUCAGUAUCCCUUUGGCACUACGAAGAUAAGCAGAGCGGGUGUCGCGCAAUCCACUAGAAGCGCUCCAGAAGACAAAUCGCAAUGGCCAGCUCCUUGCCAGAACCGCCAGAGCGCCACUUUGGCUACGAGUGUCGCAGAUGCCGAGUCUCGGACUUUGGAGGCCGGCGCUACUCAUGCUGGAUCUGUCCCAACUUCGAUGUGUGCGGUGCUUGCUACGAUGCUGAGCAGAUACCCCUGACGCGCCACCAUCUCUACUACCAUCCUCUGGAGGCGCACUUCGAUCGCGCAGAGUUCCGGCUGUAUUUCGAGGGCGAGGCCUACGGCUCCGACAUGCAGGCCCUCCAGAGCUACAAGUGCGCGCUAUGCGAUGCCCGGGGCAUGAGUGGCUCCGAUCUCUACCGCCACUUGCUGCAAUCCCAUCGGGAUCAUCAGGAUCGCGCCUCCUAUAUCUCCAUGGUGUACGCGCAUUACCUAACCGAAAACUCAUUGGGUCCUUGCUUUGCUUCAGAAACUCCAUCGUUGUCGACUACUCCCCAGAUGAUACGGAGGGGUUCCGAUACGUACCGCCCCCAAUAUGGGUCGGGUUCGAGCUCUGGGACGGGGACACGCAAGAUGUAUUCUCGUAGUCUCAGCACAGCCUCGCUUGACUUGGUUUAUCUGCUGAGGAAUAUACCGGAGUUGCUGGAUCCGCACUCCCCCGAUCUUCCGUCCAAGUGUCUGGAAGUCAUGCACCAGCUGGGCACCCUCCGUGCCCAUCAGAAUGCCUGCACCAGGGCAGAGGAUGCAGCCACCCUGGAGUCGUAUAUCCGUGCCAUAGAGCAGGAGAUCAUUAGCCGCAUGGCUGAAUGGCGUCAGUGGCGUCACGGACGUGGAUCCUCGACCGGUCCAUUAAUGCGCCGCCGCAGUGGCCUCAUCCCAGGAUCAAGUGCUUCUUCGGCAGUCAGCAUGGCGGCUGCCGUUCGUCGUCCGUCCACACCCACACCCUCGCCGUCGAGCACCCCAGAGCAUGGCUCGCGUAGAUACAUGGAUGUCUGGCCGUCGACUGGUCGCACCUUCUUUGUGUCGCCGUCGACUGCGGCCUCCAACCUGGAGUUUCGCGAUGCCUUCGUUCAAAGCGUAAAGGCCAAGGGCUGUGAGAAUCUGAAGGACGUGGUGGUGGUUAAGAAGAAUUUGUCUCUGUGCAAGAAACCGGUUAAGGAUCCCCGCUUCUUGUGCCCCAAAUUGCUGGCUAAUGACAUGAAGAGCGGCUGUUCCGAUUCGAAUACCAAAAUGCUUAGGGCCAACUUUAUUCAGGCCAUUUUAUGCUCAAUGAUGGCCGAUAAGGAGCUAAUUUCGCUGCCAUUUGGACUUCCAAAUCCCAUUAAUGGUGGAUAUUCCUUUGUGGCUGAUGGGGGUUUUGGGGGUAUGGGCAAUGCCAUGGAAAACUCUCAAGGAUUUUCUGAUGAAAAGGGACCAGUAGACGAGGCGGUUUGUUACUUUGAUUAUGUCGAUCAAAAUUUGAUGCCCGCCAUGGCAUCCGAGGGAUACGAGAAUCCACUCUUGCCAGUGAUUGUCGAAGAUGCGGUCGAAUUCGAUAACGAAUAAGAUUCAAAUGUAACCUCAAAUAAACGAACCAAAUAAAUGCAAUAGUUGAAUAAUA